AGAGAGAGAAAUAUGUGAGAAAUGGAUUCCCACGCCCCUCCGGUCUCCUGCUGUAAUCUUCCAUAACUCUUUGCUUUUUGUAUAAAGAAUAAAAGAAGAUAAAGAUUAAGGGAAAUUAAGGUCCAAAUGUGAGUGGGAAAAGACACAAACUGGGAAAAACCAGGGAUGAAGAUGGACAGGAUGUGUUACGUGUUUGAGACAGGUGGCUGGAAAGAAAAUCAGCUGCAGGACAACUUAAUACAUUAUGCGAGAAGUCAGUCUAAUUGAUAAAGUAGUUUUGUUUUAUCACUUUCUAGGCAGACCACCAAAUAGGAGCUGAUAGGUCUGGACAUUAUCAAGUGUCUGCAGGAGAGAGAGGACAGCUGUGUUCAAAUGCUCAAGUCGCACAAUUCCGCACUCAGCAAAAGAGAGAGGGAGCCAAGUAGAGGGAGAAAAAGAAUACAGAGAGUGUACUGUGAGCUCAAAGAAAGAGAUAUUGACGCGCGGCAGAGAGUGUAGGUAGGCUGGGAGACUUCAUUCUGCACGGACGGACAGCACAGAGCCAAACAGUGAAAGUGAGAUCGCUGGUGGAUUGGAAGGCAGCGUGGCAGGUGCAAACGGUAUCGAAGGAGAGGUUAGCUGUCAGAUGGAGCAUGAGGAUGGAGAGAUGAGAGAUUCGCCCAAAGAGUGGAAAGUUUUGGUCAGGAUGGCAGAGCAGGACAGAGUGAGCCAAGCCUCCAGUCUGGUCACCAUCUCUGCCUUUCCUGUGCGGUGCAAGGAUAAGGAAUCCAAGGUGCAUAAUUUUGGAAAAAGAACCAGAGCUCUGAAGAGAGAUCCGAACUGCCCGGUCGUGAUCCGGGGAUGGCUGUACAAGCAGGACAGUUCAGGACUGAAGCUUUGGAAAAGAAGAUGGUUUGUUUUGUCAGACUUCUGUUUAUUUUAUUACAAAGACAGCAGAGAAGAGGCAGUCUUGGGCAGCAUCCCACUGCCCAGCUACAGGAUUCUCUUCUGUACUCCCAGAGAAUGUAAGAACAGGAAGUAUGCAUUUAAAGCAGUGCACCAGGGCAUGCGUUCCUACUUCUUUAGUGCAGACACUCAGGAGGACAUGCUGGGCUGGGUCAGGGCCCUCAGCCAGUCAGCCUGCAUGGACACGGAGGGCUCCCUGAACAGGCGCUGCUCCAGUUUCCAGGAUUUCACACAGCUGGGGGGCAGCAGUGAGUCACUCACGUUCUUUCACAUGUCUUCUCCGAAAAACGGUCCCACCCAGCCCACGAUGUACGGCAACGGGCCGCAAAGUGAAUCCUGCAACUUACAGAAAGCAACAGCCGGGACGACAGACACACUCUAUGAGGGGAAACAGGCCUUCAGUCCAUUACCAAGAACUUCAACACCUACAAGUUAUAGUGGACCAAGAAGACGUGGCCAGUCUUUGAGCCUGGAAGGAAAUGAGCAAGACAGCCACCAUUUUAUUUCCAGGAUCCAAACCCCGCCACCCAUUCUGAAAUCGACCGGAUCCAGACCUUUGACACCAAAGUGUCCACUAGGAACACGGCCACAUACUCCAGUGGGCAGGGUCGACAUUCGGCCCAAUGAUGACCACCUACUGCCACCUCAAAAUAUGGGCUAUUCUCCUCCAUCUGCUCAACGGGCGACCAGUCUGAGCUCAGUCACUCCUACCACAGAAAAAAGACUGCUUAAGCCCCCCCCACACUUCUCGCCUCAGCCUCAUGUCCCUGUCAUGCGAAGAGGACCAGGAAAGGCCUGCUCUCAUGGGGGGCAUGCUGGCUCGUUGCCUCCUUUGCCACCACCAAGAAUUGCCCCAGCUGCUCCCCCACCUCACCAUCACCAUCACCACCACCACCACCGCAGUCCAAUGUCUGCCUGUCUGCUACAGCACGCUAUGCCUUCGCCCGCAGACUUCUACCAGGACAGAGAUCCAUUUAGACCCGUAGAAUUGGAUGUUGAUGCAAUCCUGACAAGAAUCUGUGGCUGUGAUAAGCUGCUUCAGGCACUUUCCAAAGAACUGGUCCAACUUCAAGCAGACAAGGACAAUGUUCAGUGUGCUUUGGAGAUGACAAGGCUGCAGCUGGACGACCACCUGGCUCAGGGGCUCGGUGUUCAGGGAAAGGAUGGGCUGUCCCAGAAGGGUUUUCUCCAGGAGGAGCUGGUCACUGUCAGAGCCAGACUUUGUGAUAUUUCUGUGGAAAUGGAGAAGGUGUGGAGUCAAUAUGAGAGGAUGGAGAGUGAGCUGUCGGUCGUUCGUUCACAUCUUCAGCACAUCUGUCGAUUUGGAAAGCCACAGGAACAGUCCCAAGCCCAGAGAGAGCUGUGGAUGACGGAGGAUAUUCUUUGUGGCCUCAGGGCCAACAGGAAUCACUUUCGGGCUAUACUGGCAUCACAGAGGCAACAUACAGUACUUCAGAAGGGUGCCCUUCAUCAUGAAGGACCAAGACCUCAAGUGGACAGAUCACCGAGUGGCAUCCCUAUGCUUGACAUGGAAAUGGAGGUGGAGUUGGAGCCCCCUCCGCGCCCCCCCUUACCCCAGGAGGUGCAGGAGACCGGGCUGAGGCCAGGCUGGCUGGAGAGGCAGGCUGAAGUAGAGGUAUUCUCCAGUGAUCUGUCCUCCUGCCAUCGGUCACUAGAUCGAACAGGAAACAGCCUCACUGUUUUACCUAGAGAAAAAAAGCAGGCAGACAUAAUGCCAGCUACCCUGCCUGGUUUUACUUCCUCCAGCUGGGCUACAUCCGACACAGCAGCUAAGCGAGCAAGGAUGAGUGAGGAGGAGCAGAGAGAAAGAAUAAGGAAAAACCAAGAACGGCUAUCAAAUCAGAAGAAAGAAGCUUUGCCCACAGGGAUUAACCACAUUCAGUAUCAAAGAUCAUCUCCGCCCAGGGAAGAGCCGCCCCUUCCCAUCAGAGUGACACGAGUCUAUACUGCCGUCUUGCCAUCUACCCUGAUAGCUCGACGUGUGUCAGUUGAAGACCCCCCUUCUGAGUUGGUCAAUCCCUUCCCACAGCAAAUCUCCACCGGGACACCUUUUUCAGAGCUUGACCAAAACCAGAAGUCACUCUUACAGGAGACAGUGAACCAAAAUUCCCCGUGGCUAAAACCAGACAGAGCAGACGAUCAAUCUUAUCAAAGAUUGCCAUCUGAUUUAUCAUCAGAAAUUUUUGAGGAUAGACCAGGUAUGUCUCACACAGCCAAAGGACUGUCAAAACAAAAGAAGCAGAAGCUUGCAAAAGAAGAGGACUCACAAUUACAUAGCCAUAACCACAGCAGUAUUCCAUCCAGCCAAAGCCCAGAAGCAGCUGAGCAACAUUUAAAAGAUGUGGCUAAAUUAGAAGCUGAAAAGGUGCUCUGGUCCCAGACAAAUGACUGGACGGCAUCAGAAUGUGGAAUUUUGCCUUCUGAUGAUGGAGCUAAACUAGAAGAUGGGGGCCCUGGCUUAGCAAGAGUGACGCUGGGAAAUGGAAGAAGAGAAAAGCCCGGAAUUCGAGCAUCCCUGCUAGCUGCUGAUCCGGGACUCGACCUUCGUCUGACUCCAGAGCAGAGAGAAGCAAAACUUAAACGGGUGGAGAGGAUCAGGGAACGAGUAAUAAAAAGUGCAGCCAAAGAGAGCAUUAUGCAUCCCCUCUCUCCACCGCUAAGGGGCAACAGAGAACAUAUUGUCAACUUGUCUCUCAAGCUGGCAAAUAAGGCUUCAAAAAAGAGCAAAGGAAUGGCAGCUUGCUCUGAAGUUUCUGAUGAAUGCCAGGUUACUGAAAACCUGGACUGUGGUGGUGGUUGCUAUAGUGAUGGGAAUCCUGAACUUGGCCUUAGAGUUACAACUAAGCCCAAACCUAGCAGAAUCCCAUCAAUUACUGGUAAUAAAGGAAGACAUAGUUUGAAAGGAACAGGAGGUUUGAAAGAUGCUGCGAACACUUUAGGGAAGACACCCAUCAAUAAUCACAGCAAAAGCUUGGAUGUCACAUGUCAUGCUAGAAAUGUCUCUCCAAAUCAAUUAAAUACAACCAAUAAUAUCACCGCACUCCUAGUGUAUCCAAAAAAUAUGGAUCAGCAGUCGGUCCAAAAGGAAGACAAUUCAUAUCCAUUCCAUAAUAAUGAAAAUGAGGAAGAAGGCAACUCUGUCAGUCAGAAAAGUCAGUUCAACAGUAGGAGGACAGAAUGGUUUCUUUCAGACAAUCACAAAGUAGAAUAUAUACCUUUAGUGAAUCAAUUUAAAGAACCAAAUUCAGGUGACAACACCACAGAUCAAGGCAACACAUACUCUCACUUAAUGUGGCAACCAGCGAUGAUGACCAGUAACAAAAUAAAAUGUCUGCAGUUUUCAUCCAAACAGAAGGUCUCAGAAGUUGAUAUAUCUGUUGUAUCCCCUGAUUCUACUGGGAAAAUGGAACAACGAUCAAAAGAUCCCACCACCCAUCAUGUGCCAGCUCACCAAAGCUUAGUACAUCAUGCCCAAAGUUCAACAGCUGACAAUUUAAUAUAUGAAAUUAAAAAUUCUGAUGAGAGUGCUGCAAUGAUCCUGGAAGGAACAACAUCAGAAAAGAAAAAGAAUGACAUUUUUGAGCAAUCAAAUAAAAUACCUGAACUAUCACAGAGCCUGGCCAAUGGGGAAAAACAAAACAUCCAAAGCAAUGAAAAACAAGGUUACAGCUUUACAGAUGAAGGAAACUGCAACGAAUUAUUGGCCAACCAAACAAUUCCUACUUAUGCUACAAUCCACUUCAUACCAGCUCCUCUUUUGGAUACAAAUCAGGACAAAGAGAACAACACUUUUUUAACUUUACACAGUGAAUCUGAAGACUCACACUCUGACCCUCGAAAUACCUCUGUCGAUCAAAUGACCUCUUCUUUGACCAAAUCAGUUAAAGAUUUGCACAUUUAUGAGGAAAUAUCCUUCAAUUCCACUCCCUCAGAAUCACAGCUUAAUAAUAGCCAUAAUACCAUACUAACAGAUAAUGAAUUCACAUCAUCCAGCUACCUACAGUCCAGUCGCUCAGAAAUCCUGCCCAAUAAUUUGUCUGCACAUUCGAUUUCCACUAAUCAAAGAGGUGAGAAAGAAAUAGAAAAAGAAAACACGGAUUCUGAUUGGCCUGAUGAAAAUAAAUCACCUAGUGAGGGACAGACAAAUUUGGAGGCAACCAAAAGUAGUAAUUCAGAGGUGAGCAGAGAAGCUCCACUUGGAAAGGAUAUGGUUAGUUAUAGCUCUGAAGUUAAUGACAAGAAGGACGACCAGGGCUCUGAAUUUGUAAGGGCAAGAGUGACUGUUGUGAGAACCAGUUUGUAAACCAGUUUGAGUGGAAACGACACGUUGAGUGGAAGGUUUGAGUAAGUUGGGAGAGGAAAUGUCCAUGAGACUUGGAGGAGAAUGCAAAGGAGCCAGCCAUGGACGUGCAUCAAGCAUGCGGUAGCAGCAAUGAACUGAUGAAUAACAAUGAACUAACUUACUAAAAACAUUGUAAGACAUAAUCUAUUCCACUUCUCACUAUUAUUCUUAUCAAGCAUGUUUCAGUUGUCAGUACAAUGCACAUUACAUUUGUCAAUAGACUACAUAUUACAUUUGCCUGUUUAUUUUAUGCUUUUGUAAACAAUCCCUCGAUCUAUUGAUGUAAUUAUUGUUUUUACUGAAAGUUUUUAACAUUCAUUCCCUUUACGGGUAUGCUUAUUAAAUGAAUAAAAUGGUAUCUGAAAACA